CGAUGGAGGAAACCGGCUGUCACUUGACUGUCAAGGAUGUGGCGGAUCUCCUUCGGGCCAGGCACGCUAUCAUCACUGGUGGUCGGACAGCAGAAGGUUACCCCAUCAUUAUAUUUCCUGACACUGGAGCCUUUUGGAGUCUCUCUGAUGAAGACUACCGCAAGUUGAUUCUUUACCUCACCAAUGUGCCUACGUUACAAGAUGCGGACCUAGGAUUUGUCCUCAUCAUAGACAGAAGAAAUGAUAAAUGGAGUACUGUUAAAACAGUUCUUUUAAAAAUUUCGGGAUAUUUUCCAGGGUUAAUACAAGUGGUGUUUGUCCUUCGUCCAUUGGGUUUUUUACAGAAAGCUAUUUCGGAAGUUAGCAACAAAUUCUUUAGGGAAGACUUUAAAUUUCGGCUUGUGAUUUUAAGUAGUGUUGAAGAUUUACAUCAGUACAUUAAUGCUAGUCAGUUGACUACUGAUUUAGGUGGUACCAUACCUUACAAUCAUGAAGAAUGGAUACAACAAAGAGUGGCUGUUGAAAACUUUACCAGCAAUCUCCAAGAGAUAUCAUCUUCACUUAGAGAAAUGACAAGAAGAUUGCAGGAAACUGAGUUCCCCAAUGAUGUUCAAUCUACCUUGUCACUUUUAGAAAACCAGGGUGGAGAAUAUCAAAAUUUGAAAGAAGACUUACGAAAUGCAGCCAAGCAUGGAGAAACUUUGCUCAGUUGCAUCAGACGACCCACAACUCAUAGCCUCCACCAUGUUAAGUGCUCUGAUAGAUUUAUUAACGCAGCAGCAGUACAAAGGUUGUUGCUUCAAUUAGAUGAGACUGAAAAGGGCUUUGAUACAUUUUGGUCUCAACAUGAAAAGCGGCUCAGUCAGUGCCUUGAACUUAGAAAAUUUGAACAAGAGUUUAAAGAAUUGCAAGUCACUCUUGCUGGAAAUCUCAGAGAAUUGGCUGAAAUUCCUGAAACGGGUGACUCUGUUUCUGAAGUUGAUUCACUACUUGCUGCUUUAGAAAGGUUCCGUAGUGAUACAGAGGAUGAUUUAGAUAAAGCUGAUCAGCUUCAACAGGAUGGUGAAAAGUUGAUUGCUGCCAAUCACUAUGCUGUUGAUUCUAUUGCACCAAAGUGCAUUGAGCUAGAACGGAUUGUUGCUGAUAUUCGUCAACAGCUAGCAUUCCGUAUUGAGAUUUUGAGAAAGAGUAGAGAUCUCCAAGCCAGAAUUGAAAAGGCUAACAAAUGGUGUACAAGAGGUGUGAACCUGUUAGCUGGUCAGCAAAUAGAAAAGUACUCCUCACCAACUUUUGCUCAGGCUGCCUUACGUGAAAUAGAAUAUUUUUUAGAGAGCUCAAAUGAAUUUGGCCUCAAGGACCCAAAAGAAAUUCAUUCACUUUUCAAGGGAGUGAUAACUCCUGAAUCCAGAGCACUUGUUCAGCAGGUGCUCAAAAGAAUAGAAGAUGUACAAAUGAUGUGUGAAAAGCGACAGUGUAGUUUGCAGCGGAUAGUCUCUAGAAAUAAAGUUCCAGUUCAAGCUGUUGUUCCUGAACCAGCUGUUCCACCUGCUUCUGGAAAAUCUCCAGAAGGAAGACGGAAAAUUGUUAGAAAGACAAAGACUGUGCCUAAAGUUAAAAUUGAAGUGCGCUUUGGAGACCAACAAUCAGAGCCAAAUAACUUAUUACAAAUACCUGAUUACAGUAGUGAAUCUAGAUCACCAUCACCUAAAAGCUGUCAAGAAAUGUUACAAAAUAAAAGGAAUCAUGUGAUGUCUGAACUCAUAGAAACAGAAAAAGCAUAUGUCUCAGAACUAGAUAGUAUAAUUCAGGGCUACAAACGUGAGAUGAACAAUAGUGCAAUGAAAGAUUUAGUGCCUUCUUCUCUCUAUGGCAAGGCUGACAUCCUGUUUGGAAACAUGGAGGAUAUCUACUCAUUCCACAGCAAUGUCUUCCUUAGAGACCUCCAAGCCUGUAGCAGUACCCCAGAGUUAGUUGGGCAUUGUUUUGUAAACAGGCGGGAUGCCUUCCAUAAACUGUACACUACGUACUGUCUCAACAAGCCCAAGUCUGAAGCCUUACGUAGACAGUGUGGAGAUGAUAACCUGUUUUUUAAGGAAUGUCAAAAAAAUUUAGGCCAUAAGUUGCCUCUUGGAGCUUAUUUAUUGAAACCUGUCCAAAGGAUUACAAAGUAUCAAUUACUUUUGAAGGAUUUGUUAAAGUGUGUAGAUGAAGGCACUGGUCAAUCUGAUCUGCAACAGGCAGUAGAUGCAAUGUUAGAAGUUCUUAAAUAUGUUAAUGACAGUAUGCAUCAGAUUGCAAUUACAGGUUUCUAUGGCAGCUUGGCUGAUUAUGGAAAACUCUUACUACAGUGUGCAUUUAGCGUUUGGAUGGAGAGAAAAAAGGAAAGAAUACGUGAACUGCGCUUUAAGCCUCGUUCACGUUACAUUUUUUUAUAUGAGCAGUUAGUUCUUUUUACUAAGAAAUAUGGUAGAGAUGACAACCCUAGCUAUGCAUUUAAAAAUGCUUUAAAGACAUCCCAAAUAGGUUUGACAGAAAACAUGAAAGGCUACCGUGGUGAUAAAAGGAAAUUUGAAUUGUGGUUACAUGGCCGCUCCCAAGUAUUCAUAAUACAGGCACCUUCGGUAGAGGUAAAAGAAAUCUGGGUGAAAGAAAUUAAGAAAGUGUUGUUACUGCAGUUUGAACAUUUAAAAGAUGAAAAUCUGAAACAGCAUUCUGAUAAGAUACAAAAGCUUGGAUACAUCAAUGGCAUUACUCCAUCUCAAGGAAUCACUCACAGUCGAUCUCGAAGUAAUAGGAGCAGUUUCAGUUGGCAUAAUGGACCAACCUCCUAUCGUACAAGUCCAGUGACCACACGGCAGCCAGGAGAGUUGGGUCGUAGAGCAACUGUAGCCUCUUUGCCCUAUCGCAGGGAGGAAAGAAAUAGCACCUCCUACUCAGAUGAUGGGUGGUCAUCGGCUGAUGAUUUCUCCCAGACAGAAGAUGAAGAUGACGAGGGAGAUGUUUUUGUUAUUACUACUGAGGUUGGUGGACGUUAUGUUGCACUUGGAGACUAUGAAGCUGUAGAUGUUGGAGAAGCUUCUCUGAAAGAAGGAGAAACUGUUGAGGUUGAGAAAGUAGGCUGUGCAGGCUGGUGGUAUGUCCGUGUAUUAGACACAUCCAAAAGAGGUUGGGUCCCUGCUUCUUAUUUGGGGCAGCCCAAUGGUAAAAGUGGCUCACACUCAUCUCCUUCAGUUAGUAGCCAAGAUUCCAUAACAGGAUGCCUUCUACAUGCUGCAGGUGUUAAAACCAGUAUAACUGGCUCAACAUUUGAAACAAGUUAAAACAAAUUCUUUUUCAUACAAAAUGUAAGCGAAAGCAACAAGUGAAACUGGCUUGUUCUCUCUUUCAAAAAAGAGCCAAACACUUUUUCAUCAAAGUCAUUCUGGAGACCUUUUCCUCAUGAAUAAAGUGAGAUUACAGGUAGAUCUUUUGCUACAAAAAGAAGGAAAAAAAAAGUUAAAAUUCUAAAUAAACAUUAUUCAUUUUUUCCUAUUUAAGAAACUCAUUAUUUUAUUAAUUAACCUGUUAACAUGUGCAUAUAAGAAGUUCUCAGAAACUUAUGACAAAAGUACAAAAAGUGGAUUUUUUGCUGCAAAGAUUCAAAUUUCUGUGAUUUUUUUCCCAUGUCAAGUUUUUCAUAUGUUAGCUACUGAGAUAGUUUUGAAACCUUAGAAUAUGGAUAAUAAACUUUAAAAUUUAUUUCUGGUGAUACAACUCUACACUACACAAAAUGGUAUACAGAAAUAUAUGUAGCUCUAUAAUUGACUGCAGUAGAAGUAGAUAACUCCAUAUGAUAAUGCGCUCUUCGCCUUUGUAUAUAGUAUGCAUAUUCUAAUCAGAUCAAAUAUGCAACAAUUCUACACUCUACCCUAAUAGUUUAUAAGUUUUAACAGAAGGUUGGCUUUUUUGAUGCAUAUAAAUGUUACUUAUUUGGUUUACAGUCGGCUUAAGUUUUCAACUAAAGAAUAUUUUUUAGGGAAAUGGAGUGUGUUUAAGUUUGUACAUUUAUAUUAUAAACCUGCCUCUUAUGAAAGUGGCAUAUGGAUAUUUAAAUGGUAACUAAAGAGUUAAGCUUAUCAAUUAUUCUAAAUACUCAGUUAUCAAAGUUGAUAAACACGAUAUCUAUUAUAUAUUUAAGAUAAACUAUUUACCAAAAAGAAUUUAUUGAUUAAACCUCUAUGAUUGGGCUAUUCUUCAAGAUUAUGCUCUUUUGCACCUAUGUUUUUUUAAAGGCAAAAUUUGGACAAUAUUCUGUUGCGAUUAUUAAUUUUUGCAUAGCAAAGGCAUUGAAUAAAUAAAGGAGGUUGAUUGCCAUCAAUUUCACACUAAAACGAACAUGCAAAAAGAAAAAAGCCAAAAUCAGACUCUGAUUUGAUUAAUGAUGUCUGUAUAAAAGAGUA